GAGGUGCUCACAUAUCAAUGGAACAUCCCAGAAAGAUCUGGCCCUGGACCCAAUGACUCUGCUUGUGUUUCCUGGAUCUAUUAUUCUGCAGUGGAACCCAUCAAGGACAUGUAUAGUGGCCUGGUGGGCCCCUUAGCCAUCUGCCGAAAGGGCAUCCUAAAGCCCCACGGAGGACGAAGUGACAUGGACCGAGAAUUUGCUCUGUUAUUUUUGAUCUUUGAUGAGAACCAAUCUUGGUAUCUGGAAGAGAACGUGGCAACUUAUGGGCACCAGGAACAGGGUCGUGUUAACCUACAGGAUGAGGCUUUCUUGGAGAGCAAUAAAAUGCAUGCCAUCAAUGGGAAGCUCUAUGCCAACCUCAGAGGUCUUACUAUGUACCAAGGAGAACGAGUGGCCUGGUACAUGCUGGCCAUGGGCCAAGAUAUUGACCUACACACUGUCCACUUCCAUGCAGAAAGUUUCCUCUAUCGGAAUGGAGAGAGCUACCGAGCAGAUGUAGUGGAUCUUUUCCCAGGGACCUUUGAAGUCGUGGAGAUGGUGGCAAGCAACCCUGGGACAUGGCUUAUGCACUGUCAUGUGACUGACCAUGUCCAUGCUGGCAUGGAGACCCUCUUCACUGUUUUAUCCCCAAAAGGACCCUCAAGUACUAUCACCACCAUCACCAAAGAGAUUGAAAAAGCAGCAGUUCCCAAAGAUAUUGGAGAAGUCAAUCUGAGGAUGCUGGGCAUGCAGAUCCCUGUAAAGAAUGUGGAAAUUCUGACAUAUGUUUUGAUAGCCACGGGUGUCAUCUUCCUGCUCACUGCUCUGGUUCUUGGUGGUGUGGUCUGGUAUCAGCAUCGGCAGAGAAAGCUUCGGCGCAAUAGGAGAUCCAUCCUGGAUGACAGCUUCAAGCUUUUGUCUCUUAAGCAGUAACAGUAGGAACCCGAGGAUAUCAUCAGGAAGCACCUCUGGAAUGCACUCUCAGCACCUAACCCCAAUGUCAAAGGGACAUGGAUGGCAGAGAGGCAGAGGAUUAAAUCAAACUUAUCUGGGUAGUUCUUCAUUUAUUUAUUUACAUGGAAAUGAUAUGAUUUCACUUUUUCUUUAAUUUCUUUGAUACAGCUGGACAUCUGGGGCUAGGUGAGCCCCCUAGUAUCCUACAUCACAAAUUUCAACAGCUAGAUUAUAGCAUUCUUUGAUGUUUAGAAGUCUAGAAAUUCCUAAAAACUGAUCCGCUUCAGGGAACCAGCAGUUAGUGUAAUGGCUAUGUCGCUGGAUUCCCAUGUAGUCCACCGCAGUUUGCAUCCC